UGGGCCGCGGCGCGGGGCGGCUGGAGCGGGCGGCACCGGGGCCUGGCGGGGCGGCCGGUCGGUGCCCGGCGGGAUGUUCCGCAAGGCGCGGAGGGUGAAUGUGCGGAAGCGGAAUGACUCGGAGGAGGAGGAUGAGGAGCGCGACGAGGAGCCGCCUCAGGAGCCGGCGCCGGCUGUCGGGGCGGCGGGGGAAGGGCCCAGCGAGGCCGCCAUGCCGCUGGCGUCGGGCGCCGGGCUUCUGCCGCUGCCCGCCGGCUGCGUGCCCCUCUCCCUGCCCGGCAGCCCCGCGGCCUUCGCCUGUGCAGCGAGCUACGGCGCGGCUCUCGGCUUGGGGCUGGGCUUGAUGGGAAGCGACCGGGCAGGCCUGGGGGUUCUGCCGGCGCCCGCUGUCCUGCGCCCUCCUCCGCCGCCGCCGCAGCCCCAGCAGGGCAAUGGGCUGCCGGCGGCCGGGCGCCCCAAGGAGAAGAAGCGUUCGCGGGAGAACAAAGAGGUGCCGAGGGCCAGCCUGCUUAGCUUCCAGGACGAGGAGGAGGAAACUGAAGAAGUUUUCAAAGUGAAGAAAUCAAGUUACAGCAAAAAGAUUGUAAAACAGUUGAAGAAAGAAUACAAAGAAGAUCUUGAAAAAUCAAAAGUUAGAACAGAGGUCAAUUCUCCAACAGAUGUUGAAGCACCACUAGAAAAGACAGGACAGAAUAAGGAUAUAGGCCAAGAAGAUGGGACUGCAAACAGUGAGCAUGGUGAGGAAGAAAUGGAAGUUGAAAGUGAGAAGGAAGAAGAAAAACCAAAAGCAGGUGGUGCUUUUUCAAGUGCUCUGUCAUCACUGAAUGUUCUCCGCCCAGGAGAAAUUCCAGAUGCUGCUUUUAUUCAUGCCGCUAGGAAAAAGCGUCAAAUGGCUCGUGAACUUGGAGACUUUACCCCCGUUGACAGUGAACCAGGUAAAAGCCGCCUUGUUCGAGAAGAUGAAAAUGAUGCCAGUGAUGAUGAAGAUGAUGACGAGAAGAGGAGGAUAGUUUUUACAGUGAAGGAAAAAUCCCAGAGGCAAAAGAUUGCUGAGGAAAUAGGUAUUGAAGGAAGCGAUGAUGAAGCACUAGUGGCAGGGGAGCAAGAUGAAGAGCUCAGUAGAUGGGAGCAAGAGCAGAUACGAAAAGGAAUCAACAUACCCCAGGUUCAACCAAGCCAGCCUGCAGAAGUGAAUAAUGUGUACUACCAGAACACUUACCAGACACUGUCUUACGGUUCAUCGUACGGCAUUCCAUACACCUAUGCUGCGUAUGGAUCAUCAGAAAACAAGUCUCAAAAAACAGAUAAUACAGUUCCUUUCAAAACUCCCAGUAAUGAGAUGACUCCUGUUACUAUUGAUUUGGUAAAGAAACAGCUUAAAGACAGGUUGGACUCUAUGAAAGAAAUUCACAAAGCCAAUCGGCAGCAAUAUGAGAAACACCAGCAAAGCCAAGAGGACUCUACCAAGGCAAUUGAAAGAUUAGAAGGGUCUUCUGGGGGUAUUGGUGAACGGUAUAAGUUUUUGCAAGAAAUGCGAGGGUAUGUCCAAGACUUGCUUGAGUGUUUCAGUGAAAAGGUGCCUCUGAUUAACGAACUUGAAUCUGCAAUGCACCAGCUGUACAAACAGCGAGCUUCCCGCCUUGUCCAAAGACGACAAGAUGAUAUUAAAGAUGAAUCUUCGGAGUUUUCAAGCCAUUCAAACAAAGCUCUGAUGGCACCAAAUCUUGAUUCUUUUGGGCGAGACAGAGUGAUCUAUCAAGAGCAAGUCAAGCGUCGAACUGCAGAAAGAGAGGCUAGAAGAGCUCGCCGUAGACAAGCAAGAGAGCAAACUGGGAAGAUGGCAGAUCACCUUGAAGGCCUUUCCAGUGAUGACGAGGAAACUUCAACAGAUAUCACAAACUUCAACUUGGAGCGAGAUCGUAUACUGAAAGAAUCCAGCAAAGUUUUCGAAGAUGUUUUGGAAAGCUUUUACUCGAUUGAUUGCAUUAAGUCACAGUUUGAAGCUUGGCGCUCCAAGUACUUUGCUUCUUAUAAGGAUGCUUAUAUUGGCCUCUGUUUACCAAAGUUGUUUAACCCUUUAAUCAGACUUCAGCUGCUUACCUGGACUCCUUUGGAGGGCAAGUGUCGAGAUUUUGAAACAAUGCUGUGGUUUGAGUCAUUGCUGUUUUAUGGCUGUGAAGAGCAGGAGCAGGUGAAAGAUGAUGCUGAUAUUUCACUGUUGCCUACCAUUGUAGAGAGAGUUGUUCUUCCUAAAUUAACAGUAAUUUCUGAAAAUAUCUGGGAUCCCUUUUCUACUACACAGACGUCUAGAAUGGUAGCAAUUGUACAGAAACUAAUAGAUGGAUAUCCUUCAGUGGUGAAUGCAGAAAACAAAAAUACACAAAUGCUGUUAAAAGCGUUGUUGCUAAGAAUGAGGAGAACACUAGAUGAUGAUGUAUUCAUGCCCUUGUAUCCAAAAAACAUCUUAGAAAACAAGAACUCUGGUCCAUAUUUGUUUUUCCAACGUCAGUUUUGGUCCUCUGUUAAGUUAUUGGGAAACUUUCUCCAGUGGUAUGGAAUCCUUUCAAACAAAACUCUGCAGGAGCUGUCCAUAGAUGGAUUACUAAAUAGAUAUAUUCUUAUGGCUUUUCAAAACUCAGAAUAUGGAGAGGACAGCAUUAAGAAAGCUCAAAGUGUAAUUGCUUGCUUCCCUAAGCAGUGGUUCACUAAUCUAACAGGAGACAAGACUAUUUCCCAGCUAGAAAACUUCUGUAGAUACCUUGUUCACCUGGCUGAUACAAUUUACAGAAACAGCAUUGGUUCCUCUGAUGUAGAGAAGAGGAAUGCAAGGGAGCACAUCAAGCAGAUCAUAAAGCUUCUAGCAAGUAUCCGAGCCCUGGAUCAUGCCAUUACUGUUGCAAAUGAUCACAAUGUAAAAGAGUUCAAGAUUCUAAUAGAAGGAAAAUAGACUUUUACCACCAUUCAUUUUGAGCUUUAAAACCAUUCCUGAUGUGUAAUUUAUGUACAUAUGUAAAGUUUCUUAAACUGUAAAGUAUUGAUCUUUGUUUUAAUACAAAGUGCAUUCUUAUAUACAGCAUCCUUAAAAAUAAAAUCAUUGACUUCAUUGAAAACAAAAA